UAUUUUGAUUCCAAACCACUUUUGAUAGCUGCAGUAGGUCUUGCAUAAGAAUAACAUGGGAAAAGAAUUGCUGUUUGCAGUAACUCUUUUAUUAGUAGUGACAGGUAUUAUAAACGUUUCCUACAAAAGCAAUUUUUCAAACCGAACGAAAAGAGCAAUUGGAACGAAACCACCAGGAGUACAAGGAACAUGUGGUGGCGCACGUAGAGGACGAUCAGGUUAUAUUGCAAGUCAAAAUUUUCCCCACGGGAAUUACCCCGCAGGGCUGAACUGCAAUUGGACUAUAGUUGUUAGGACGGGAUACGUUAUAAAGUUUGAGUUUCGCUAUAUGGACGUUGAAGACGCGCCUGUGCAGAAGGGUAGCGAUUGUGGUGCAGAUGCGAUCUCUAUAUAUGAUGGAACACGAAUAACUGAUCCGCUAGUGGGCGGGCAGAAAUUCUGCGGACCCGACACGGUGUUCAAUCCCGUGUAUUCCACAAAAAAGAGGGUACGGUUAAAUUUUAAGACCGAUUUUUCUGACCAAUUUGAAGGAUUCGCAAUAUUUUGGUCAGCGGUUCGGCCACCAAGUGUUUCAUUUAACUGUGAUUUUGAAUCUCUCAAUGGUUUAUGUGUUGGGUGGACACAACAUUCUUCUGCAAAUUUUCUAUGGAAACACCACAGCGGUCGUACCCCUUCUGGUAUUAUGUCGGCAACUGGUCCGACAAAUGACCACACCCACCAAUCUGCUGAUGGGAAAUACUUGUACAUUGAAGCAUCCGGCAUACAACCAGGUAAAAGAGCAAUUAUUCUCUCUCCAAGCAAACAAAUAUCAAACUUACAAUUUUACUGCCUAGAAUUUUGGUAUCACAUGCGUGGUGAUGGUAUUGGAAUACUUCGUGUCCAACAAUUAACCUCCGGAUUAGAUCCAGAUGAAGGAAGAAUUAUCUUCAACAAGUUUGGUCAUCAGGGAUCAUCGUGGAUGCAAGCUCAAAUCAACAUCACAAGGAGUGACCAUCCAGCACAGUUUGCCUUCAUUGGGACAAGAGGAAGCACUUAUCGGGGAGAUAUUGCUAUUGAUGACAUCACAAUUACAGACAAUAUAUGCAUUCCUCCUGUUACAACAACUACAACGACGACAACAACAACUACAACUACUACUACGACCACUACUCCUGCCCCAACAACAACAACAACCACCACCACUAGGCCUACAACAACAAUAGCAACAGCAUCAACAAAUCCAAUACCAACAACACGAUUUAUCUACACCAUCGCCCCAUUGACUGGAUGUGGUGAAGGUGAACUACAAUGUAGAGAUAUUGGAAACUGUGUUAGUCCUGAUUGGAUUUGUGAUGGAACACCUGAUUGUGAAUAUAACGACGAUGAAGAAAAUUGUGGAGGACCUACUGCUGCAUGGGAAAAAUGGCGGGCUUGGAGCGAAUGCACACAAACGUGUGGUGGGGGGAGUAGGGAGAGGUCUCGACGUUGCAUAGGAGGUGACCCUGGUGACGCGGGGUGUGAAGGGACGGUGUAUACACAGGAGGAAUGUGGGACAGAUGUUUGUCGGAGUUGGACCAAUUGGCAACAAUGGGCAGAUUGUAGUGUUAGUUGUGAAGGAGGUUUUAAAACAAGGACAAGAAAUUGCACAGGAGGCGAACCAGGAGAUCCUGGAUGCAUCGGCCGAUAUGCUGAACUUAUUAAUUGUAACCAACAUAAUUGUCCACGAUGGAGCACGUGGUCGUCAUGGUCACCGUGUUCGGUGACGUGCAACGAUGGAUUUAUCACAAGGGGGCGGUCUUGUGAAGGAGGAAACGUUGGAGUAGAAGGUUGUGUUGGGGUCGUAAGGGAAGCCAUGGCAUGCAGUGAUGCUAAUAUUACUUUGCCUACUUGUUAUGUAUGGGAUGAUUGGACAUCGUGGUCAAGUUGCAAUAGAACCUGUGGCGGUGGCUUCAAGAACCGCACGAGGGAGUGUAUGAUGAUGAAUGUUAAUUCCUCCCCAUGUGAAGGACCAACACACGAGGUCGCUGCUUGCGCAACAAUGAAAUGCUCAAACGUGACAUGUUACUCCGGCACGCUCACCAACACAAGCUCACUUACUGUGGCCAAUACUUUGGUCAACAGAAGUUGUGCUGAAUAUCCCCAUGGUAACGACUCACUCAUAAAUGGGGAAUAUAUUUUCAAAUGUGGUUACGCAACAUACAUAGCAAAUGUUAUGGGAAUUCAAAUGGAGAUGUUCCACGGUAGUUGUAUACCCGCAACGCAGUGCGGUAACUUUACAUGUGAGAACUUACAACUCCAAAUACAAGGUGUUGGUACCACCAUAUCUUCAUGUAGAACUUCUUGUUGUGAUGGUGAUUUAUGUAAUUCACCUCCACCAUCUAUAGCACCUGUGUCAGUACAUCAAACAACAAUGUGUCUAAUGAGCCCGUGUCAGAAUGGUGGCUCUUGUGUGCCCACUAGAGGAUUGAAUGGUCAAGAUUACAGCUGUCUUUGCAGAGCGGGAUAUUCUGGAAGGAAUUGUCAAAAUGCUGCCCAGUUGACUUGUUUCAUGGGUACAACCACCACUAUGGGUUACAGUGGCAAUGUAAGUAUGUUACCUGCUGCUUGUGGGGUGGGUGAGAAUGUUUGUAUGAUGACUACAGUGGUUGGAACAAUAGACUUUGGAUCUCCACAAGAAGUUAUGUUCCACAUUGGAAGGUGUGCCAAUUCAAUGACAUGCGGAAGUGCAAGUUGUGCGUUGUCAACAUCCAUGAUAACACAAAUGAAUAUAACCUCAUGCAAUGUUACUUGCUGUGAUACCAAUUAUUGCAAUGUUGCUCCUGCUAAACCCACCACCCCAUCCACCCCUGCAACAACAACAACAGCAUUAUCAACUACUACCCUUGCUCGUGUUUUACAAGCAUGUCCACCCCGAAACCUCCGUGUCGCUGGGUUACGAGGCCGACGGUGCCCAUCAGCUUGUGACAAUGAUGGUGAUUGUGCUGUCAACAAGCGUUGUCUUUGUGACGGACCGUGUGGGAAAACAUGUUCAGAUCCAAGUAUUUCUUGUUCACCGAAUUAUUCUCGUUUCCGAUCCAUCGCACGCAGCUUGACAUGCACACGAGGUACAGGGGUCGGGUCUAAGUGCACGUUCUCGUGCUCCAGGGGUUAUAGUUUAGUUGGCUUACCAAACCUUAACUGCCAAAGCACAGGAAGAUGGGACAAACCAAGAAUACCAACGUGUAGACCAAGAUCUGCUGCCAACUGUCCCCGUAGAAACCUGGGCCUCGCGACACAGCGGGGACGCACGUGCCCACCUUCGUGCAUCACUGAUGCUCAGUGUGGGGAGGGAAAUAAAUGUCAAUGUGACGGACCAUGCGGAACCACUUGUUCCUCGCCUGAUACUACUUGCUCUCCUGAUAUUUCCACGGAGGUUUCACCCCACCGUCUGGUGAGGUGUACAAGCGGGAACAGGGUUGGUUCAAAAUGUAAAUUUACGUGUUCGUUUGGUUACAAACUGGUUGGGUUUCCCAACUUUAACUGCCAGAGUACAGGAACAUGGGACAAGACAAGAGCCCCAACGUGCAGAGCUACCUCAUCCACACAAUGCAGAAGAAGUCGUGCCAACCAUGAUAGAUGUUGUGGGAGGACAUCUUAUUCAUCAAAGUCACUUAUAUGUUGUGAAGGAAGGUUAAGGAGACGAACCCGUCAAACCACGGCUUGCUGUGGAAGUUCAAGUUACCGACCCAUCACCCAUUCAUGUUGUAACAAUAGGACUUAUGCGAAAACUCAGCAAGGUUGUUGUGAUGGAACGAUCUAUAAUUUGUUCAAUCAAGAAUGCUCCAAUAAUCAAGUUUCAACUAUUGCUAAUGUGGAGGAGGAAGAGGAGGAAGGAGAAGGAGGAAUGGGAGCAUCAAGUACAAUACAAACUAAUGAGGAGGAAGAGGAGGAGGAGGAGGAGGAGGUAGAGUGAGAAAGAGGAGUAAUGAUUGGGAGAAAGGACGAUAUGAGAAAAACAUUGAAAUCAGUUUUUGUAUUUUUAUUUUUUGUUUAUAAUUUUAUAAAACGAAUGUUGCAAUUUUGUAAAAUAUUUGAUGCUUCACGUUUGAUUCAUGUUUGGUUAUUAUGUUUUGAAUGUAAAAAUGUGUUUUCAGUUGGGCCAAGGUGAAAUCUUGACUUUUUGUAUUAAAAUUCAUUGAAGCAACUGCUAAAAUAAAUUAGUUGCAAAA